AUGCCCGGUCAACUUGCGACGGCGUUGAGCAGCCUAACAAAUGGUGAGCCGUGGAACGAAUCAACGAAGCUACGGCGCCGCUGCCUCCGCACAACUCGCCGAGUUCUACUGGCUAUCUAUAUAUACAUGGACCAAGAACCUUCUCCAGCAAUAGCAGCUCCAUUCCCAGCUUCCAAGAGAGCAAAGAUGGCGAGCAAGCUGUUUCCGGCAAUGCUGCUGCUCACCGCGGUGACAAUGGCCGGGCUGGCCGCCGGAGCGCGCGCCGGGGGCAUCGCGAUCUACUGGGGCCAGAACGGCAACGAGGGCACGCUGGCGCAGGCGUGCGCCACCGGCAACUACAAGUUCGUCAACGUGGCCUUCCUCUUCACCUUCGGCAGGGGCCAGAAGCCGCUGCUGAACCUGGCCGGCCACUGCGACCCGGCGACCAGCGGCUCGUGCACCUUCGUGGGCGCCGACGUCAAGUCCUGCCAGAGCCGCGGCAUCAAGGUCCUACUCUCCAUCGGUGGCGGCGUCGGCAGCUACGGCCUCUCGUCCGCCGCCGACGCCAAGCAGGUCGCCGACUACCUCUGGGACAACUACCUCGGCGGCACGUCGGCGUCGAGGCCCCUCGGCGACGCGGUGCUCGACGGCGUCGACUUCGACAUCGAGAGCGGCGGCAGCGCGCACUGGGACGACCUGGCGCGGGAGCUCAAGAAGUACUCGGGGAAGGGGAGUGCCUACAAGCCGGUGUACCUGGCGGCGGCGCCGCAGUGCCCGUUCCCGGACGCCAUGCUCGGCGGGCUCGGCGGCGCGCUCGGCACGGGGCUCUUCGACUACGUGUGGGUGCAGUUCUACAACAACCCGCCGUGCCAGUACACCAAGGCCGGCGGGGCGGGCAACCUGGCGAGCGCGUGGCAGAAGUGGGCGUCGAUACCGGCGCGGCAGGUGUUCCUGGGGCUCCCGGCGGCGCCCGCGGCCGCCGGCGGCGGGUUCGUGGAGCCGAGCGACCUGCUGUCCGAGGUGCUGCCGGUGGUGCAGAAGUCGCCGAAGUACGGCGGGAUCAUGCUGUGGUCGAGGUUCUUCGAUGGGCAGACGGGGUUCAGCGAUAAGGUGAAGUCCAGCGUGUGA